GGGCUUCCGUACUCAAGGAGUCACAUGCCGCAGCACAACAAUAACAAGGAAGUCUGGGUCAAUAUUGGAGAAGUUGACUGAAGUUCUCCUCCUUUAUGGGCUGAAAAGAUGACAUUUACAUUCGUUAUCGUGUUCGGCUUUUGUUGCUGUUGCUCUUAUGGUGUUUCAGAAGGAAACGAGCCAAUUCAGACCUUUGUAAUCCCUCACAGUCACAUGGAUGUUGGCUGGGUGUACACUGUUCAGGAGAGUAUGCACGCCUAUGCAGCCAACGUGUACACCAGUGUGACUGAGGAGCUGUCAAAGCUCAAAGACCGCAGGUUUAUCGCAGUGGAGCAGGAGUUCUUUCGACUGUGGUGGGAUACUGUGGCCUCAGACUCCCAUAAGAAACAAGUACGACAGCUUGUGAAAGAAGGUCGACUCGAGUUCAUCAUUGGAGGCCAAGUGAUGCACGACGAGGCUGUCACUGACCUAGACGACGAGAUACUGCAGAUGACAGAGGGCCACGGUUUCCUGUACGAGACGUUCGGGGUGCGUCCUCAGUUCUCCUGGCACGUGGAUCCGUUUGGAGCCUCUGCCACCACCCCGGUCCUGUUUUCCCUCGCUGGCUUCAAUGCACAUCUGAUUUCUCGCAUCGACUACGACCUCAAAGACAGCAUGCAGAAAAACAAGAAACUGCAGUUUGUAUGGCGAGGUUCUCCAUCUUUAAAAGCCAAGCAAGAGAUCUUCACACACACUAUGGACCAGUUUAGCUACUGCACUCCAUCCUACCUGCCCUUCUCCAACAGUUCUGGUUUCUACUGGAAUGGAGUUGCAUUGUUCCCGGACCCCCCUAAAGAUGGAGUCUACCCCAACAUGAGCCUGCCCGUCACCAAGGAGACGGUACACGCCUACGCCAAGACCAUGGUGGACAACAUCAAGCAGAGGGCUGCGUGGUUCAGGAGCAACCACGUGCUCUGGCCAUGGGGCUGUGACAAACAGUUCUACAAUUCGUCUGUGCAAUUCAACAACAUGGAUCCUCUAAUGAGCUACAUCAACCAGAACAGCAAAUACUUCGGGGUGACCGUCCAGUAUGCCACUCUAAGCGAAUAUUUCCAAGCCAUCUACAAAUCAAAUCUUGUGUGGGAAGUCCGCGAGAGUGAAGAUUUCCUGCCUUAUUCAACUGAGCCCUACCAGGCAUGGACGGGGUUUUACGCCUCCAGAAACGUCCUGAAAGGAGUUGCAAGGCGGGCCAGUUCUCAGCUGUAUGCAGCAGAGACUCUUUUCACCCGGUACCGAAUCAGCUUCCCAGACGGACCUGUGGCUAAAGACUGGGCCCUGGACAAGCUCAGAUCUCUACGCUGGGCUGUCUCUGAGGUGCAGCACCAUGAUGGCAUCACCGGGACCGAGUCUCCCAAAGUAGCAAGCAUGUACAUGCAGCACCUCGUGCAGGCCAUGAUGGGAGUGGAGGAGCUUCUCGCUGCGCUCGUUUUGCUGCCACAUAACAUUGACAUCCUCGGCACCCAUUACCAAAGAAAAGGUGUCCAUCAAGCUCUGGAACAGCAUGUCAUCGUUUAUAACCCCUUAGCAUGGAACAUCACCACUGUCGUCAACAUCACCGUAACCUUCCCGAGUGCAGCCGUCUUUGAUGACAAUGGACAGCCCGUCCCUGCGCAGAUCCAGAAGUCUGCACAGUCCAAUGUGACCUACGACCUCUUCGUCAUGGUGGAACUCGGAGGCCUUCAGUACAGGAAAUACUUGAUUAAGUACUCAGAGAAGCCGUGUUCCAAAAAGUCCAAGUGUGACUACACUUAUGAAGCCAAAGGGGUUUCGUUUGAGAGACGCAGCGUGAAGGACUGGGUGAAAACAGGGAGGCGGCUUCUGCCUGUUUUGAACGACUGUUACAAGCUCAUGUUUGACCAGGACACCAAUCUACUGCACAGCAUCACGUAUCUUCAGGAAAAAAGGCGAGUGAGGAUGACGCAGGAUUUCUGGGAAUACGACGCAAACGGAGACACAAAAGCGGGGCCCAUCUCCGAUAACUACAUCUUCAGCGCCAACGGUUCAGCUGUGCGAGCCUACAAGGCCGUAGAAAUGGAAAUUAUCCCGGGAAAGAUUGUCAGUGAGAUCAGGCAGUACUUCUACAGAGAGGAAAGCGAUAAAGACUUCGCCUACUCAAUCACCACCCGGGUCCCGGAGUGCUUCGGGUCCAGACUGCCGUGUGAUAGGCUGGAGCAGACCUAUUCGCUGGGCCCCCUCCAUCUCAACACAGAGGUCGUCCUCAAGACCAGCUCCUCCUUGAAGAACAACAAAACUCUAUUCACGGACGACAACGGCUACCAGAUGAUGAAGAGGACGUUUAGAAAGUUCACUAAUAACACUUUAGCAAGGAACUACUACCCCAUGGUUCGGGCAGCCUACAUUGAAGACGACCUCAGCAGACUGGUGCUUCUCAGUGACAGAGCUCACGGUGUGUCCAGCCAAGCUAACGGACAACUAGAGGUCAUGCUCCAUCGACGACUUUGGAACAACUUGGCCUGGAACCUUGGCUACAACCUGACCCUGAAUGACAGCUCGGUUGUGAGGCCAACCCUGUGGAUGAUGCUGGGCUCCGUAAGCGGCUCCUCUAAGCUCUACCAAAGGGAGGCAAUACAGCUGCAGCACAGACCUGUCAUCAUGCCCAUAGACCAGCCUCGAAGGACCUGGCAGAAUAAGGAGCCAAGAAGCAAUUCUCCUCUACGUCCAGUUGUUCUGCCGCCCAACCUCCACCUGCUCAGCCUCAGCAUCCCCGGAUGGAACUACAGCUCCAAUCAUGAUGUUCAUCUCAGCCACAUACAUUCAGGUCAGGAUUUGCACUUGGAGCCAGAUUAUGAUCGGGUCCUGUUGAGAAUCAUGCAUCUAUUCGAGGAGGGAGAAGACCCAGAGCUUUCGAAGCCAGUCACCAUAAAUUUAAAGGAUGUUCUGAAGGAAAUAGGAGAAGUGAGAUUGUUGGAGGAGCGUUCUCUCACAGGAACGUGGAAUAUCACCACUCUGCAGAGGUGGAAGUGGAAAACUGCAGAAAACAUAGAAGAAAAGAACAAAAGAUGUCACAGAUAUCAAGAUGAAGGUUUCACCGUAACCAUCUCACCCAAGGAAAUCAGGACUUUUUUCGUUCACUUCAACUCCAAUAACUGAUCGGUUGUUUUGUCUUCUGUGAAGAUCGUCAAUCAUUAAACAAUAUAUGACAGUUCUUUUAAAGAUUUGAUCCUUUCCUACUAUGUUAAUUAAUGCUGUUUUUGCACAUGUUGUUGAUUCUAUAAGAGGCACUGAUGUGUUGAUGAGGUGUCAACUUUCUGAGUCCUGAGAAUAAAGUGAUUAUUUUUGUCACACUCAAA